AUGGCAGAGACAGACAGCCGGAACAGACAGGAAGACAAAGGCGCCCUUCCUCCUCCUCCUCCUCCUCCCACCCGGCGGCGGCCCACAGCUCCGCUGAGGGGAGAAAGAAAGGGAAGGCCCCCCCCCCCGGCAAGUGCUGGGCUCCAGGGCAGGCCCGUUGAGGAGCAGCCAAGCGCAGGAGGCGAGCGGGUUGUGAGGGAAGGAGAAGGGCCGGGUGGAGCCUCCUACCUGCCAGGCGGGACCCAGCCUGGAGCUGCCCCGGUUACAGGCGUCGCCUCAUUAUGCCGCUGCCGCUCCUUCCCCCGCCGCCGCCGCCAUUUCGCCGCCUCCGCCUCUUUUAACUGUCAGGCUCCUCCAUUCACCUGGGCCCGGUUAGGACAAGCCUCCUCCCCGCCCCUGCCUACGCAAAAGGAGCUCCACCCUCCUCCGCCUAUAGGGCCCGACUCUGCGCUGCUGGCGCAGAAGCGUUCUGAGAAUCCGGAACUCGCCGCCGCCUUCGCUAUACGUAGACCAGCGCACAGGAGAGAGGGAGAAGGAGAGAAACCACACUCGCCUCAGUUUGCGCCGAUGAAACGGCGGGCGCGAUUGGAGAGGAGGGCCGGGGGCAUCGUUCUGCUCUCCGUGGCUGGAAGAAGAAUUAUGUCCUGUGAGGAGACCGAAGGAAGGGGAGCAGCUGUUCUGCUGUACGCCGUGGGAGUUGGUCAGAACAUGUGAGGCCGUGCGUCUGCUUAGGUCAGGCAAAUUUUGAAUUCUUCAGUGUAUUUUUAAAGUAAAAUAUAGCAGCAAGGUGGGAAGAGUGGGGGAACUCACACAAACCCCAAGACUAACCCGUGCAAGUGCUUUGCAGGCUACCAUCAAAGGAGGUGGUUUAUCAUGAUGUGCAGGAAGUUCAGAUAAAGGCCAACCUGGAGGAUUUAUAGACCCAUGAUAAAAGACGUGAUAGGGAGAUAAGGAUUCUUUAACGGUGCUCCUCUAUUCCUCCUGCCUCAUUGCAGAAGGAAGCUGAUUUGAAGAGGCCCUGGACAGAGACUCCCUCCUCCAUCCCGGUGCUUUAACCAAGUGAGAGUGGGUGACAUCAGCAGCACCUGGUUGCUGACUCUGAACUGCCAUUUUAAUUUUCCAUUAUACAGUGGUACCUUGGUUCUCGAACUUAAUCCGUUCUGGGAGGCUGUUUGACUCCCGAAACCGUUCAAAAACCAAGGCACGGCUUCCGAUUGGCUGUAGGAGCUUCCUGCACUCAAGCG